AUGUGCCGUCCACCUACCAGUGGAGGACAUUCACCGAAUGGAAGGCCCGCUGGGGCAAGCGAUAUCUCCUCCGCCACCAUCCUUGGCCAGCGUAUCAUCGUCCUCAGCUCCCUAGACGUCGCCGUAGACCUCCUCGAGAAGAAAAGCUCCGUCUACUCCGAUCGGCCCGUCAUGGUCAUGGCCGGCGAGCUCCUCGGCUGGGCUCAAAACCUUGUCCUCUCCCCGUACGGCGACCGCUUCCGCGACAUUCGCCGCUACCUCCACCGCUACAUCGGCAGCCGUGGGCAGCUCGACAAGGUCGCUCCGUUCCACGGGCUCAUUAAUUCCGAGUCGCACCGCUUUGUUCAGCGGAUGCUAUCUGACUCUCCCAGCUUUGUAGCUCAUAUCCGCAAGACUGCCGGUGCCAUCAUCCUCAACAUGGCCUACGGAUACCAGGUGCAGGAGGGCCAGGACCCCCUUAUCGACCUCGUGGACCGGGCUGUUGACGGCUUCGUGGAGACCUCCACCCCUGGAUCAUUCCUUGUUGACACUAUCCCCGCGUUACGAUACUGCCCUGCAUGGUUCCCUGGCGCAGGAUGGAAGCGGAAGGCCGAGAAGUGGAGGGCUGAAUACAACGCAAUGUGCGACGUCCCAUUCGAGUUUGCUAUGCAGGAAGCGCUGAGCGGAAGCACCAGCAGCAACUUUAUCAGCGACAACUUUGGGAGCAUCAAGUCGAACGAGCAGGAGUACCACCUCAAGAUGGCUGCCGGCGCUCUGUACUCGGGCGGCGCGGACACGACUGUCUCGGCAAUCACGUCCUUCUUCCUCGCGAUGACACUCUACCCGGAGGUCCAAAAGCGAGCCCAGCAAGAAAUUGACGCCGUCACAGGCACUGAUAGGCUACCGACGCUAGACGACCGGGAGCAGCUUCCAUACAUGAGGGCGCUUGUGUCAGAGGUCCUGCGCUGGAACCCAAUCGCGCCACUCGGCGUGCCCCACGUCUCUACGGAGGACGACAUCUACCGAGGCUAUUACCUGCCGAAGGGUUCCAUCUUCAUCGCAAACAUAUGGCACAUCCUCCGCGACCCGGAUACGUACUCGGAGCCGCUGCGCUUCAAGCCCGAACGCUUCCUCGGCGAGCAGCCCGAACAGGAUCCGCGGUGCGCCGUGUUCGGCUUUGGGAGGCGCAUCUGCCCCGGCAUCAACCUCGCGGAGACCUCGGUGUUCGCGUCCUGUACGAUGGCGCUCGCGGCAUUCGACAUCGAGAAGGUCGUCGAGAACGGCGUCGAGAUCACGCCAGAGGUGGCGUACUGCACGGGGACCAUCAGUCACCCGCAACCGUUCAGGUGCUCGAUCAAGCCGAGGUCGAAGAAGGUUGAGGAGCUGAUCCGUGGGCAAGUGGCGGACAGGACAGACUAGACUAGAACGAGUUUUGAUUUGUGCUAUCUUCUGGGGUUCGUUGUCUUUUCUGGAGUUUUUGGCGAUGGAUCAUCACUAUCUAUGAAGGCACGAUGCAUUAUCAACUUUUGAGCAGCUAGCUCCUGCUGAUGCGCUUCAUAGAGCUGUUGGCCUAAAGUUUCUCUCUCAUUCAAAGAUGGACUCUACAAACACAGCUGUCUUGGAUCCAGUAAGGAAAAGGUCACAGGGGACGGCGACGACUGCUGACAUAAGUAUGGGAUGGAUCCUUGCUAAUGAAUACACACAAAGGGCAAUAAUCCAGCUCUGUCCACCGGGUCAGGUAUCGAUAGUCUUAGUCUUCCGCCUGAGCGUGCUGCGGCUCUGCCACAACGAACUUCGCACCCGCAUUGUCGCGGCCGGGGAAGAACAGGAAUUCUCGGCGCAGCGCAGCCGGAGACUCCGAGUCUGGCGCGUCUCCUUCAGCCGCCGGUGCGACUUCGCGACCCGCUUCGCCGGGACCUUCCUCGGACGCCGCGGGGUCCGCGCCGAACAGCGCGACCUUGUGCACCUUGAGUGCGGGGGCAAUGCUCGACGUGACGUAGAGCUCGCGCGCGGUCCACGUGAACGUGCACGGCGGCGCGCCGCUGACGACGUGGUCGACGGUCCCGAGCUGGGCGUGCACGCGGUGCACGAGCGCGGGCGGGCUGCGCGUCGGCCGCCGCGUGCAGAGCCGGUACGUGAGAGCCUCGAGCGCGAGAUCCGUGCGCAGCCGGAGGAGGCCGUCGUCCGCGAUGUCGGAGGUCGUCACGCCCUGCACCAGCGCGAGGUGCAAGUGCUGGCCGCAUGCGGAGAAGCGGCACUUGACGGUGAAGGUUGCGGUGGCUGCGACGGGCGGUCAGCGGGCGGGAGUGAGCGAAGAAACAGGAGAGGACUUGCCGGUUGGGUCUGUCUUACCGACUGAGCGUGUGAAGUAUGUCUUCUCCUUGUAGUUCGCGAACAGGACUUCUGUCCCGGCCAGCGGCCAGACUGCCAGAGGUAGGGUCGGAUGAAUCUCGGGGGGAGAGUCGUGCAGCAAGGAGAACACCUUGCGAGAGAAGCAGAGAGCAUGUUUGGAGGAAGAGAAGAUGUUGAGCGACAGGGGGAAAUCGAUGCGCGGGACACGACGGGGCCGGCGUGCCCGGCCUCUUCUCCCGCCACGCCGCACUGGCACAUCCUCGUCCGUUCCAGUGAAGGCAACGUAGCCGUAUGCUGUCACAUCGACAUCGGACCCGUCGGACUCGCCGUCAUCGUCGUCGCCUUCAUCAACCUCCUCGACUAUCUCGAGGUCGCUCUCCUCGCCAGACUCCUGUGCCUCCUCGCCAUCGUUGCUGACCCAGUCCGAGGAGUCGUCAGACGCGUCCGACUCCGAGUCAGAGCUGCCCUCCUCCGCGGAUGAGCACUCGCUCCAGGAUUCGUAGGCCUCGUCGUCGUCGGGGACGACCGAAGACGCGUCCGAUUCAUGAUCAGACUCAAGCCCGAGUCCGUCGUCGUCUUCGGCCUUAGCGGCAGCCUUCCGCGCCGCGGCGGCCUCUUUCUCUCGAGUGACAAACGCUCGGCGGCUCGCAACAGCGACGACUCCGUCGCGUCCCCCAAACUCCUCGAUGUACUGCAGCGAUUUCUUUUCUUCCGAGGGGGGAGCAGUCACGAACUGUCGAUACUCUCCGCUGUCCUCUCGCGCGUACAGCUGGGUGCCAACGCGCAAGAACUGGCCGUCGGCGCUGAAGGCGGCAAGUCCGGCGCGCCACUCGCGGGGAACGAGCUUCGUGGUGCCGACGCCCAGGUCGGGUCGCUUCAUGUAUUGGAAGACGUUCGAGGCAAUCUCCUCGAGGGCCCAGUCUUGCCGCGCUGCGUGAGCGCCGUGUUUGUUGGAAGGCUCGAUGCUCUGUGCGUCGCACGCGACUUCCACGCGUCCGUCGUCUGCAGUACUACGCUUUGAGGUCAGAUGGAUGUCCCAUGAUUUGAUCAAAAUGUGAGCGCCAACCUGAGGCGCAACGCUCUCAGAGACCCGGAGUCAACAUGGGUCACUUGUAGGUCAGGCCUGGAGGUCGCGUUAUCGCCGUCCUCUGCAGGGCGAGGUCUGACGGCGGGAUAGUCCAUGCUAGUCUCACGACCUUGGGAGGGAUGAGGAAGGUCUUUGCCUUUGGAGGGGAUAUAGGGCACUGGCACUGGCAUCUGCAUUGGCAUCUGCAUUGGCAUCUGCAUUGGCAUCUGCACUGGCAGGAAUACUGGCAUUACUCUAGAGUGAGACAUGAUCUGCUGUCUUCAAGUGGUUUAGAAGAGGUAGAUGAGUGUGA